UCUUGUUUAAGCAGCCCGGAGCAAUUUUGAAUUCUACAAUUCUGUGAAUUGGGUUCUCAAUAUCGUUUUGUAAGUUUAAGUUAUCCUUGUAGUUUCGACGGACAAAAUUAAUGAUGUCGAAAAUGGGUGAAAUGAUAAAAUGUUGGAUGAUAUUGAAGUUAUAAAUAAAGCCCUAUAUUUUGAUAAUAAAAUUGGACAGAGUAGUUUGAUGUCAGCUGCUAGUAAUCAUUCAAUGUCUGUCGAAAAGAGUCAUCAGCUGAAAUCGAAGAAUAAAGACGGUUCAAUAGAGAAGGAGAGUAAGAAAUCCAGUUGGAGUUGGAAGGGCCUAAAAUCCCUGGCCUUUAGGAACAAAAAGUUUAAUUGUUGUUUUUUUGUUCAAGUCCAUUCAGUUGCAGGGUUAUCAACAUUGUUUGAUGAGCUUUUCCUUGUUAUUCAUUGGAAGAGACGAGAUGGCUAGUUGACGACUCGUCCUGUUGUGGUUUCUUAAGGGAUAGCUGAGUUUGAGAAACAGUUGACUCAUACAUGUUCUAUAUCUGGUAGCAAGAAUGACCCAAACCAAUCAACAAAAUCUGAGGCUAAACAUUUCUUGUUGUAUGUUUCGGUAUAUGUGACUCCUGUACUUGACUUGGGAAACCAUCGCGUUGAUCUUACAAGGUUGCUUCCUCUUGAAUUGGAUGAGUUGGAGGAGAAUAGUUCCGGCAAGUGGACAACUAGUUUUAGGUUGUCAGGUAAGGCUAAAGGUGCAACAAUGACUGUUUGUUUGGAGUAUCACAUUGUUGGGAAAACAUUCACUGUAUUUCCCAGCAACACCAGUCUUCUAGAGGGGAAGAACUUACGGCGCAAUAGUGAAAAUGCAGCAAAAUUUUUGGCACAAUGUGAGCAAAGUGAUGAGCUGAGUACUAUAAUAAGGCGAACAGGGAGCCUUCCUGCUCGAUCAUCUGCUUCACAGCGUUCCGCAGAGAAUAUAAAAGAUCUUCAUGAGGUUUUACCAGUUCCUUCCUCUGAACUUUCUAUAUCUGUAAAUGUGAUAUAUCAGAAACUUGAGGAAGAGAACGUGGAAUCUUCAGUUGAUUGCAAGCCACAGAUAGAUGAAUGUUGCGCUGAUGUUAUGACCCUCAAACCUGACUUAGCCUUGUUAUUGGAGCCUGAGAAGGGAAUUAUUGAAAAUGGGGAUGAAUUAAGUGAGGUAUUUAUCAUAGAGCUUGGUGUAAAAGUUGCCUCGGAGGUAUGGGAGGGAAAAGAAGAAGAUACCACGAUAAUUGGUGAUGCUCCAGAAGAUAAUGCUGAACCUGAUAGUAGUCUUGUGAUGUCCAAUGAAGAGGAGCCACAGCUUGCACUGUUGUCCAAGGAAGUUGACUCCGAGAGUAAAGACCUUUCAGUGAGGGCCUGUAAUUUUGAGACAGAUGAAUCUGCCAAAGAGUCGAUCAUGAAAGAAUUGGAGUCUGCAUUGAAGAGUAUCUCUGACUUGGCAAACGAGGGACUAGAUUCUCAAGAAGAUGAAAAUGAAGUUAUAAAUCAUGAUAGAGGCUUUGAGAUAAAAGUAAACCUUCGGGAGCUUAGGAAGGAAAAAUCCCUAAGCUUGGAUUACGAUGCCGAAUCCGUGGCCACUAAUUUUCUGGAUAUGCUCGGGAUAGAUCACAGUCCAUUUGCCCCGAGUUCUGAAAGUGAGCCUGACUCCCCAAGAGAAAAACUGUUGACGCAAUUUGAGAAGGAUACUCUGGCCGGUGGGGGUUCCUUGUUUAACUUUGAUAUGGACAUUGAUCACCAAGAAUUUGCUUGUGAUUCUCAAACUGGAUCUGAUUGGAGGAGCAUUUAUGAAUAUAUUGAUUAAUCAUCUAAUGUAGAUUCCUACGUGGAGAUGCCAAAGAUAGAAAUUGAAGCAACAAGCAUUAAAACUAGGGCCUCCAUGUUGGAGAACUUGGAGACAGAAGUUUUGAUGCAUGAAUGGGCCUUGAACGAGAGGACAUUUCAGUAUUCCCCUCCUAAGAGUUCAAGUGGGUUUGGAAGCCCAAUUGAUAUUCCUCUUGAAGACCCUUAUCAGUUGCCUCCUCUUAGAGAAGGCUUAGGACCCUACAUUAAGACUAAAAAUGGAGGAUUUUUAAGGUCAAUGAACCCUUCACUUUUCAAGUAUGCAAAGAGUGGGGGUAAUUUGAUAAUGCAAGCAUCCAGUCCAGUGGUGGUUCCUGCAGAAAUGGGAUCUGGCAUAAUGGAGAUACUGCAACAUUUAGCUUCCAUUGGAAGAAAGCUCUCUAUGCAGGCAAAUAAAUUGAUGCCUUUGGAAGAUAUUACUGGGCAGACAAUGCAACAUAUAGGAUGGGAGGCUGCACCAAGCUUAGACGGAACUUAGAGACAAGAUUUAUUGCAGCAUGAAUUUGAGUUUGGACAAAAUAUGGCUGGUAUUCCAAGUAAGAAGGGGAAAUCGCAGGGAGCAAAGCCCAGCAAGUUGGAGUUAAAUUCUGCCGGGCUUGACAGCGACUCAGAAUACGUAUCAUUAAAGGACCUUGCUCCUUUGGCGAUGGAUAAAAUUGAAGCCCUUUCAAUUGAGGGUUUGAGAAUACAGUCAGGUAUGUCAUAUGAGGACCCACCUUCUAAUGUAAGCCCAUAAUCCAUUGGUGAGUUUUCAGCCAUCGAGGAAAAGAAGGUCAACUUUGGAGGAGUUGUAGGUCUAGAAGGAACAGGUGGAUUGCACAUACUGGACCUUAAUGAUGGUGGUGAUGUUGAUGGGCUAAUGGGCUUAUCUCUCACUCUUGAAGAAUGGAUGCGGUUGGGUGCUGGAGAAAUUGAUGAAAUCAGCGAGCGGACCUCCAAACUCCUUGCAACCCAUCAUGCUACCAGAAUUGAUUUGUUUUGUGGCAGGUCGAAAAGACGCGAGGGUAAGACUUGUGGAUUAUUGGGAAAUAGCUUUACAGUGGCCCUAAUGAUGCAACUUCGUGAUCCUUCAAGGAAUUAUGAGUCAGUUGGUACGCCUAUGCUUGCUCUUGUUCAAGUGGAGAGAGUUUUUGUAACACCUCAACUGAAGAUAUGCAGCAAAGUUAGAAAAAACAAUAAAGACGCCGAUGGAAAUGGAGCCCCAAAAAAGGAAUCUGGUGUGGAGGUCAAUAAAGAUAACAUUCCUGAGGAUGAACAAAUCCCUCAGAACAAAAUCACUAAAGUGCAUGUUGCAGGUUUAAAGACGGGACAAGGUAAAAAGAAAUUAUGGGGCUCGUCAACUCAACAGCAAUCUGGAUCACAUUGGUUGCUGGCGAAUGGAAUGGGAAAGAAGAAUAAGUAUCCAUUACUGAAGUCAAAGGAUGGUGGUAGUAAAUCUUCAAUAGUAGUUGCUUCUCAAGCAACUACAACAGUUCAUCCUGGUGAGACAUUAUGGAGUAUAUCAUCACGGGCCCAUGGUACAGGGGCUACAUGGAAGGAGUUAACUACAUUAAAUCCACACAUCCAAAAUCCAAAUGUUAUUUUCCCUAAUUAAAAAGUUAAAUUGAGGUAGCAAUGUAGAACUUGAUUUAUUUAUAUGAUUGAAACUGUUCACCA